GCCUUCUAUAUUUGUAUAGUGCCGGUUUGCACUUUGCAUAAGUCAUCGAUAAAUGGACCAUACUCCAAUGGAACAGAGAUCCCGCUGCCGCUUGGUCAGAUCACUGGGCGAUCUCCGGGUAUCGGACACCUGAUGACGAACUGCCGCUCAUCAUAAUAUUUCAUAUACCGCUAUAGUGAGUGCUGCAUGUUAACAGAAGCACUUCGCAAUCGACCGCUGAGUUUGCAUAUUGCCAUAUCUAGCAGAACAUUGAACCAUGAUGCAGUGGAUUGGGUUACGGGUGGCUGUGGUGCUGGCCACUAUCUAUCUCACUGCCGCUGUACCCUUCAAGUUGACAAUCUUGCACACGAACGACGUACACGCGCGUUUUGAGCAAUUCGACGGCUAUGGAGGUGAGUGCAGCACGCAGGAAUCGGAUGACGGAGAAUGCUUCGGCGGUGUAGCUCGACGAGUAUCCAAGAUCCGUCAGAUACGAGCAGCGGAGGAGAACGUCUUACUGCUCGAUGGUGGCGACCAGUUCCAGGGCACCAUGUGGUUUUACCUGUACAAAGGUCAGGCGACCUCGCACUUCAUGAAUAUUACUGGCUACGACGCUAUGGCAAUUGGGAACCAUGAGUUCGACAACGCUCCAGAAGGACUCAGUCAGUUUUUGACGGAUGUCCCUUUCCCAGUUCUGAGCUCUAAUAUCGACGCCAGUUUGGAACCUUCCAUCGACGGCUUGUUUCACAAGAGCACCGUGCUUACGGUGGGUGGACAGAAGAUUGGAAUCGUCGGGUAUACGUACGCUCGUACUCCAGAAAUUUCCACAACUGGGAAGUUGGAAUUCAGCGACGAAGUCACCGCUGUACAAGCCGAGGUGGACAGACUGCAAACCGAGUAUGGUAUCGACAAGAUGAUUGCACUAGGCCACGCAGGCUUUGAUAUAGACCUGAAGAUUGCCCGCAAAGUACGGGGAGUGGACAUUGUGAUUGGCGGUCACACCAACACCUUCCUAUACACUGGUAGUGCGCCCUCAGCGGAGGUGCCCGAAGGUGACUAUCCAACAGUCGUGCACCCAGACUACGACGCUACAGCCAACGUAUUAGUCGUGCAGGAUUACACCUUUGGCAAGUACCUUGGGCGCCUGGAUGUGACUUUUGAUGACAAUGGUAACGUAACGGAAUGGGGAGGCAAUCCCAUACUGCUGGACGAAAACGUACCGCAAGCGGCGGAUGUUCUUCAAGAGAUAGAGAAAUGGGCGGAGACAGUGAGGAAUUUUUCCAACGUCUACAUCGGUCGAACGCACGUCUUACUGGAUGGAAGCUGCCGAUUGGCUGAGUGUAACCUUGGUAACUUCCUUGCCGAUGCUUACGUCAGACAGGCCAUAAGGUUCCCGGAUGAACUACAAUGGAAUGACGUCAGUAUUGCGAUCGUGAAUGGCGGGAGCAUUCGGGCCACGCUGUAUCAGGGUGACAUUACCAUAGGUGACGUCCUAACUGUCUCGCCAUUCGGAAGCACGGUUGAUACAGUGACGAUUAAAGGCGUGUACUUGAUGGAAGCUCUGGAGAAUUCUGUAGCCGAGUAUGACCCAGUGUCGCGACCUGGAAGGUUCUUACAGUUCUCAGGAAUGAUAGUAACCUAUGACCUCUCUCAAACUAAAGGCAGUCGGGUGGUUAAUGCUGAGGUUCGUUGUACAGAGUGCGAGGUGCCACAGUUCGUGCCCUUGGACCUCGAGAAGGUCUACAAAGUUGUCAUGCCUUCGUAUAUUGUCGGCGGUGGGGAUGGCUACUCAAUGAUACGGGAUAAUGUCAUUGAGCACGACUAUGGUAAUCUGGAUUCCAGUGUUGCAAGUGAAUACAUCCAGUGGAUUACCCCGGCGACCCCCGGCCUCGAACGAAGAAUCCUAUUCGUCGAUCCGUCUGAUCCGUCUGAUCCGCCUAAUCCGUCUGAUCCGUCUCCGUCUGAUCCGUCUCCGUCUGAUCCUGAUCCCUGUGGUACUGGAUCGGCCAAUAGAAUUCAUCGUCUGACACCCCUUUGGCUUUUGCUGAUAGCUGUUUUAAUGCAGGACUUUGUUUUCUAAUCAAAUUAAUGCUGCAUUUUCAAUACCAAAUCAGUCACAUUUAAUAUGUAGGACGAUUUCAAUUUUUUUUUAAAUCCGUGCGUAGUGCUGUUAUAGGCAAAUCGUGGCAUUCAUAUGUAUUACACAGUUAGUUUCAAAUUAAUGUCAAUGCGUAAACGUUGUACUGGAAUCUUUUGUACUUUAGUGACAAAGCUGUAGUCUAAAAUGAGGAGCAUCCCUGUGAAGUCUGCCCGAUCAUUGGCAUACAGAUGGGGUACUUUUAAUUAUAAAAUUUGUAUUAACUUCGAAUUUUAAACAAGUAUGAUGAAAUAACAGGGGCGGAUCCAGGGGGCGCACGCUCGCCCCUUUUCAUAAGCAAAAAAAAACCACAAGAUAUGGACGGAGGGAGAGAGACUCAAAAAGAGAAGAAAUAAAGAUACUGAUGAUAACGAUUCUUUAUUGUCUGCAUAUAGAAAUACGCAAUAUAGGAUAAUCCUAUUUCAUUGGCAACACAAUUACAUUAAAACACUCAUAUUACAUCAAACACCUGUUUUAUAAAUCAAAAUACAACAAACAUCUAAGUAAUAGAUUGAAAAAUAAGAUGAAAUGAUUUUUUUUUUCAAUUGAUACUUACGAUUUACUACUUCAAAAUGUAUUUAUUAUAUACGUAUUAUAUUAAAGCCAGCACAUGUACAUGUGAUUAAAAUACUCAUAUUACUUUAAAACCACUGUGGCCAUUUUACCGCCUGGUUAUAGUGAUUGAAGAGAUGGAUUGAAUUUGGGACGAAAGAUUGUGGAAAACGGAGUGAGUUUGUCUGUGGUGGACGGAGUCUGAUGCCUGAACGAUUAGAAACAAAGCAUUUACAUGUUUCACGCCCCCCCCUUGGACAAUGCAGGAUCCGCCCCUGCAAAAGUUGUGAUCUUUUGUAUGUAUAUACUCAACCAAAAACAGAGUACCGUUCCUGUUACUUCAUGACGGGCAUCAUAUUUUAUGCGAAAGGAAUGUUGCAGCCUGGCAAACCUUUUUCUUCACAAUCAUCCCAAUAAAGAUCAGUCAUUGCAAAAAUCUUAAAAAGACAUGAAUCUGGGACAGAGAAACAUUUCCGAUUUGUUAGGAAAUGCUCAGAAAAUUGUCUUGACUCUCCAUAGACUUUGUACACAACCGCUGAUGUGGCGUAUCCAUGCUACAUUCUUUCCUUUUAUGCAAGAUGAGGUUUUGUUUAAGGAUUACAGGGAUUUGAUUAUAUUUUACAAAUGCAAGUACACCUUUUCAGACAUGCAUGCUACCACUGCACACUCGCGGACGCACUUUUUUCUUUUAAUAUUUGUGUGCACUUUGCUGUUGUAAAGUAAACUUCAAACCAGGACUCGGAAGAAAAAAAUAAGAAUAGAUCGUAUAGUCCCUAUAGGAAUAAUAGCGCUGUAAUAUAAACUAUUAUCAUUUAAGUAAUUUUAGUUUUGACUUUACGAUGUUUAAUAAAAAUGUACAAACGAUGAUUAUGACACCUCGA